AAAAAGCAAUAAGCAAUUUCAAUUUCGAUAAUUUAAAUGAAGAUUACCACCUAGCACACAUUCUUUUUCUGUCUUUUGUUUUCAAAUUCGGAACUUAAUCGUGGUUGUUGAGUGAAGACAUAUAACAAGUUUGGUGUCUAUUGUACAACUCUCAUCGAGUUUGCUAUCGUCGGUUUGAUUUGUUUAUCUGUUUGUGCGUUUGAUUGUCUGUUUGUGCGGCUGCUUACUAGGUACUUGCUUGUAUUGGUUUCAAACGGGUUUGUCGAGGGCUUGGAAUAGAUAAUGUGGAAGAGGCCGAGUUUGAAUACGCAUCUAAAUUGAAUCUGGGCAAAUAGAUUGGUUAGGAUUGAUUUGCAUACCUAGGAUCACAUCGGAAGGACAUCAGAGCAGAGAGAGAAUAUUUGGAUUGUAUUCGAACUCGGAUUUGUAGAUUGGACGAGAGUGAAGGAUCAACGACAUAUGACUUUAGGGUUUGGAUUGUGAGAUGAGCUGAAAUAGGAUGAGCCGAAAUGGAAUGAGAAAUGAAGAUAUGAUACGAGGAACAAAUCCAAGAACAACAACGAGAGCGAUAUGAGUGUAUGAAUCAUUACGGUACGGAACGAAACAGACGCAUCGAAACAACAAAGAGUAGGAAUAGGCAUACUCGAUAAACGAACGAGGAAACGGAGAACAGGUCGGCAACGAAAUACCAUAUUUGCAGACGGGAGGACGGAAGAUAUACGAUAAGGACAAGAGAAAGGAAAAGAGGGACUGCAGAAGAGUAGGAAGAGGGGAGCAUACGUAGGGCAUCUGUUGAGAAUUUGUGAUAUUUCUGUAGGGGGCAAUAGGAAGAUUUGAUUGCAAAUCUGCGGAACUGCCAAACGCACUUUUGGAGCUUUAUCGAGGAAGGGUGCGCAAAGAGAAAAGAGAUAUAUUUUAUAUUGGUUCUGGAGAGAAUUCGAGUGAACGAGUGAAGAAACGAAAAAGCGGCUGGGAGGAAACAAUCUGCGGCAUUAUAUCGUGGGAUCUUGCAGAGUCACUGUGGAAGGACGAUCAAGAGGGAUCAGUGCGGAACGUCAUUCUCGUGCUGAAGAUAUUGCGAGAUAUUCACCCAUCUACACAGUUACAAUUCACAUGCACCGUACGGUCGCCUCAUAACUACCUACAUCUACUACGAAACCAAAUAUUCGACUCCUUGGUCUCAAUCCCCUGCCAACCUACCUCCUACACCUCCUACACCCAAAUCAAGGAAAAAUGAGCACCUCCCUCGAAGCCAAGAUAGUGGUGCUAGGCGCUCAAGGUGUAGGCAAAACAUCACUCCUUCUUCGUUAUAUCAAGAACCAAUUUAACCCGAAAACUACGACAUCAACUGUGGGGGCGAGUUUUCUGACAAAGAGAGUGGUGGAUGCCGAGAGUGAUACAGUUGUGAGAUUACAAAUUUGGGAUACAGCGGGACAGGAAAGAUUUAGAUCCAUAUCCCGCCUUUACUACCGUGGGGCAAAUGCCUGUAUCCUCUGCUACAGCAUCACAUCCCAAACCUCGUUCACCGAAAUGUCCGUCUGGCUCACCGAACUCCGUCGCAAUCUUCCGGCGGAUAUCAUCCUCCAUGUCGUAGGUACCAAAGCCGAUCUCGUCGCUAAAGAUCCUAGUGCAAGAGAAAUUCCGUUCGAGAGAUGUAUUGCAUAUGUAGCCGAAAACGUCACAUCUAUUUUAGGUAGCACACCACCUGCUACUGCAUCAGGGGAACGUGGUUUCGGCAGUUGGGGCGGUGCCGGAGGUGGAGUGUGGGGAUCUGGUGGUCAAGGCACAACGGGGAUAGAAGGUGCACGAUCACCUUCCAGUAAGAGAAGUUCUGGAUUCUGGGGUAUGGAAGUGGGAUGGGAUUGUUGUCAUGAAGUUAGUGCGGAGAGUGGAGAGGGCGUAGAAGAGGUUUUUAGAGUUAUCACGAGAAAACUUGUGGAACAGAAUAAUAAGAUGAAAGAACAACUUUUGAGCGCGGUAGCGACUCCCGGUACGCCUGGUGUGGGAAAUGAUGGGAUGGGUAUAGAGGGGCAAACGGGAUAUUUUGACGGGAUUAUGAGGCCUGGAGGAAGUUUUAGAGUGGGAAGAGGAGAUAGGAGGAGUUGGUUGUUAGGACUAACGGGGGGGACGCCGCUUGGAGGAAGUGAUGCUGGGACGGGGGUGCGGAUUGGGAGUACAUAUGGAAAUGGGAAUGCUGAUGGGAGGGGGAGGAGAGAUGAAGAGAGGGGGGAGGGGGGUGAUAUUAAGAGGAGGGGGAGAUGUUGUUGA